UUUCUUUAUCCAAUGGUCAUCAGAUGCAACGACCUAUGGACGAUGGAUUUGAGUCGAUUGGGUCUUGUUGAAAUUUUCAACAGAAAGGUUGAAGACUCCAUUCUUCUAUCGGUAUUUGUGGAAAUGAAGAAUUGGAAACUCUCAAGGUUUUCAAGAGCCUUAAGUCAUUUGGAGAAUGCCUAUCAUGGCAGCCUGAAACCUUCUGUACUUACUGAGAUACCAGGACCUCGUUCAAAGGAAUUGAGUGCUCAAUUGGACACUAUUCAGGAAAGUAGAACAGUCAGUUUCUUUAUUGAUUUCGAAAAGAGUCAAGGAAACUAUUUGGUUGAUGCAGAUGGAAAUAUUCUACUCGAUAUGUUUUGUCAAAUAGCAUCCUUACCUUUGGGUUACAAUCACCCAGCUGUUAUUCAGGCAGUGAAAAAUAACUCAGAAUUUAUGUCAUUUCUAGUACAAAGACCAGCACUCGGAAUCAAUCCACCCAUUCAGUGGCCACAAGUACUGCAACAGACUUUACAAAAUGUUGCACCUCGUGGACUCGAACAAGUCGUAACUACUUGCGGUUGUGGUACUUCUGCAAAUGAAAAUGCUUUCAAGGCAGCUUUUAUAUGGAAGCGUGCAAAACAACGUCCUGGAGUUGAGCCUACGAUAGAAGAAUUAGAGUCUGCUAUGCACAAUCGUCCUCCUGGAAGCCCUUCCUUGGCUAUUUUGUCCUUUGAAAACUCUUUUCACGGAAGAACUCUGGGAUCCUUGUCAGCUACUCGAUCCAAAGCAUUGUAUAAGGUAGACUUCCCAUCUUUUGAAUGGCCUAUGGCUCCAUUUCCAAAUCUUCGUUAUCCUCUGCAAGGGAAACAAGACUUGAUGAAUAUCAAGGAAGAAGAUCGAUGUCUGAAAAGUGUGGCCAACAUUCUAUCUACGCAUCCUAUUCCCAUCGCUGCUGUUAUUGUGGAGCCUAUCUUGUCUGAAGGUGGAGACUUAUCAGCUUCUCCACGCUUUUUUAGAGAGCUGCGAGAUCUUGCACUUCAAAAUGAUGUGGCUUUUAUAGUCGAUGAGGUUCAAACCGGUUGUGGUGCAACUGGUACUUUUUGGGCUCAUGAAGCUUGGGAACUCUCAACUCCACCUGACAUGGUUACCUUUUCAAAGAAAAUGCAAGUAUCUGGAUAUUAUGCUAGAAAAGGAUUUAGACCUGCUCAAUGUUCUCGUAUAUUUGGAACUUGGAUGGGUGACCCUCUUCGUAUGUUGCACUGCAAAGCAAUUGUAGACACGAUUAACUCAGAGAAGCUUCUCGAAAGAGUAAAACAUACGGGAGAAUAUCUUAAAAAUGGUUUGAUGGAGGCCUCUAACCAAUUUCCAGAACAAAUCAAGAAUGUAAGAGGUAAAGGUACCUUUUUGGCUUGGGACUGCAAAAGUUCAGAAGAAAGAGAUCAUUUCAUAUAUGUUUUAAGACAGUAUGGAGUGAAUAUUGGGGGUUGCGGAAAGAAUACUUGUCGACUUCGACCAGCACUCAUUUUAGAACAUGAUGACGUUGAAGUAUUCAUGACGGCAUUCCAACAAGCAUUGAAGACUAUUACUUUGUCAUAAUGAAAGAAUAGAACGAGUUGAUUUGUUACAUACGGUUUGUGCACUGAGUAAAGAUGAUAUGUGUCUC